UGUGACGGCACCUCCCCCUCACUACAGAAUUCCAUCUGUACCGAAACCGUUUGAUGUUAUUUUACAAGAAGCCAACAUAAUCGAAAUAUUUCAGUCAGUGUAUAGAAGAAUUACAGAAGAAAAAAAUGAAGAAGAAUCGUGAUCCUGGUCUGGAAGAAAAUACUACUCCAAAAGUUCAACUUUGGAUAAACACGACACCAGAAAGAAGCACGUCAAGGAGCAGGAACCCCAUGAUAGAUUGCGAUACAUUUGAUAGGGUAUUGAAGACAGGAAAAGAGUUGCUUGCCAACUGGAAGUUUUUAGUUGAAGAAAAUGGACACGCCAUCGGAACAGCCAUUAACAAACUACAGAAUAUGCAACCAAGCGAACUAUCGGACAACAGAACUAGGAAAGAGAUCGAACAACAUAUCGAUUUCCAUCAUGCUGACAGACAUGUAAUGCAGAGAUGCAUGAACCAUUUACAGUGGUCAAUGCAAGACCGGCUGAAUUUCCUGAGAGAUCAGCAAAAAUUUCUUCUGGAUUAUCAGAAUAAACUGGAACAUAUUUUUAACUCAUUUGAAGAAUGUAAACAAUCAAGAGUUCAAGAUCCAUUUUCAAAAUUCGUUACUGAUGUCAAACUCAAUCAUUUUCACAUGUUCAACGAAGAACUACUUAUUUCUUCAAAAGAACGCGAUAAAAAGAAUGCCAGACAUCUGAUAGAGCCCAAUACUAUCAGUUUUGGAAAUACCAAUUUAUACAUGGGAAGACUUGGCAGGGCAAAUAUCAUGACACCAAUUUAUGAAAAUAUAUUUGAAUUGGAUGAUUGCUGUACCGGGAAGUGUUUCGACCAUCAUUGUACUUGCUAUAGGUCUGACUCCGUUCUUAGUUUUGAAAACCACGAACUUAAUAUAGAAUGUCAGCAGUAUGAAUUUGAAGAAAAUAACAAACGAAAUGAAAAUGAUUUCAGAAAAGAGGGGCUUAGAAACGAUUUACAUAGAAAAUCUCAGAAGCCUAAGAUUCCGAUUCCAGUGAAACAGUUAGCUUACAAAAAAAUAAAACACAUGGAAGAAUCCACCACCACACAACUGAAACUCCCGCCACUUUUAGCAAACAAACCAAUAAAACACACAGAUGAACCCUCCUCCACUCAACCGAAACUUCCGCCACUGCUACCAACCAAAACGAAAUACAUGAACGAUUUCACUUCGAAACAGCUGAAACCACAACCACUGUUACCAAACAUAAACAACGUGGACGAAUCAUAUACUGCUUCAAUUAAAUCACCAAAGAAGAUCAAAUCCUGCUGGGAGCCUGUAAAACUUCCACCGUUGUUGCCGAGUCAAAAGCUAAAUUGCAAGGUCUCUAAUUUCCCUGUUAUUCCACCUAAAAUGCUCCAACCGUUAAAGAUGCUACCCCAAAACAUAAAAAGGACAUUGAACAUCAAUAAGGACAGGAAUGUGAAGAAAGAGAAAAUCAAAGUCAUGUCAAUGAGACCAAGGCCAAAUACAGCUUUGCGACCGAUUGCAGGGACAUCAGCUUCCAAUGACAUAUCAAACGUAAAUUCAGAAGUAGCCAUGGAUAUGAUAAGCUGGACUUCUGCACCCCGUGAGAGGAAUUACAGAUAUUCAAAGCUUCAAAAAGAUUCAACUAAAGAUUGCUUUAUACCUAAGGGCCCCGGUGACAAAGUUAGUAAAGCUAUCUAUGAAAGGUACUUAACAUUAAGAAAGCAAGUAAGCAAUGCCGGGGAAAAAACAGAAACAGAAAAAUCGGAUAGCUGUCCAGAAUUCAACCAACAUAGUGCAAAGCUUGAUAUAAAAGUCGCAAAUAAAUAUGCUGCAGAACAAAAUUUUGACAUGGUAUUCGACCAAGAUACUAAAAUUUUACAGAGCGAAGGUGGUACCGGUAAUAAUUGUAAAGAUGCGACAAACCAAUCUCCUUCGUCUGAUUGGCAGGUUACAAACAUCGGUUCGGAAAGCGAAAUUGAAACUAAAUUUAUUCCUAUGCCACCUAAAACUCCAAAACCGAAAACACUAAAUACCAGAAUUAAUCAGUACAGCAGGAAACGUUCAUGAUUAUAAUACUACAUGUAACCGUAUCUUAGAUAAUUUUUACUAGAACCUUAAACAAUGAUAUUCUGAAUCUGAAAUGCAAUAUCUGUCAAUAGAAGAUGCCAUGGACACCCGUAAACCUGUGGGCCUUUCAAGUAAAUCAAUUGUUGUAUACAGAUUCGUCUCCAAUUCUACAUGUGAUAAGCAACUUCUCCAAACUGUUUGAACCAGCAAAUAAGGACUAAAAGGGAUGUAACAAAUGGGAUGGGCCAAUAGUAGGUGUGGCAAGAAUAUAAUAUUGUGGUGGUGGCCUAUACAACAACUCAUUGACUAAUUAAAUGAAUAAUUGUUACUACAACAAACAUGCAAUCGCAUUGCUUAUGUGAACAUUGAACUAACGGGUGUUUAAGACUCACUAUUGUUCCCUUUGUCUCACUGUAUAUAACUAAAUGAAUAAUUAUGUAAAUAAAGUAUGUUGUAUUUUU